AACACAGUAGUUAACAACAUAGAGUAUAAUAUCCUUGCACGCAACGAAUCUAUAACCGGUUGGAUUGAAGUUGUAGAAGAAACCAAACCCCGUAACAUUCGUGUAUUACGUGCUGGUCACUCCUUGUUAGGAGGAGUCUUUAAAGAGACUGUCCGCCUGGUUGAAAGGGGAAUUUCGCACAAUCGUGAAAGAGCUUUACAGAU